CCUGGCGGGAUAAAACCGGUCUGUGAUGCCGGGUGGAUGGGAACAAACUUGGGACGGAGAAGAGACGUAGGCCCAGGGCACCCUCUCAGAGGACCUAGGGCACUGAGGGCCUGCAGCCGUGGGCCAGGGCAGCAGCGCGGAGGGCGCGGAGGGGACCUGCGUGAGAACGCCCUGAGCCCCAGCGGGCCGCGAGUGAUCCUGGCGAUGCCUCACAACUCCAUCAGAUCCGGCCAUGGAGGGCUGAACCAGCUGGGAGGCGCCUUCGUGAAUGGCAGGCCACUGCCAGAGGUGGUUCGCCAGCGCAUCGUGGACCUGGCGCACCAGGGUGUCAGGCCCUGUGACAUCUCCCGCCAGCUCCGCGUCAGCCAUGGCUGCGUCAGCAAGAUCCUCGGCAGGUACUACGAGACUGGCAGCAUCCGGCCUGGGGUGAUAGGUGGCUCUAAGCCCAAGGUGGCCACCCCCAAGGUGGUGGAGAAGAUCGGGGACUACAAGCGCCAGAACCCCACCAUGUUUGCCUGGGAGAUCCGGGACCGGCUGCUGGCCGAGGGCGUCUGUGACAAUGACACUGUGCCUAGUGUCAGCUCCAUCAACAGAAUCAUCCGGACCAAAGUGCAGCAGCCCUUCAACCUCCCCAUGGACAGCUGCGUGGCCACCAAGUCCCUGAGCCCAGGACAUACGCUGAUCCCCAGCUCGGCCGUGACGCCCCCAGAGUCACCACAGUCUGACUCUCUGGGCUCUACCUACUCCAUCAAUGGGCUGCUGGGGAUUGCACAGCCAGGGGACAGCAAGAGGAAGACUGAUGACAGUGACCAGGACAGCUGCCGCCUGAGCAUCGAUUCACAGAGCAGCGGUGGGGCCCGCAAGCAUCUGCGCACAGAGGCCUUUGGCCAGCACCACCUUGAGCCACUCGAGUGCCCCUUCGAGCGACAGCACUACCCCGAGGCCUAUGCAUCUCCCAGCCACUCCAAAGGCGAACAGGGCCUCUACCCACUGCCCCUGCUCAACAGCACCCUGGACGACGGGAAGGCCACCCUGACCCCGUCCAAUACACCCUUGGGGCGCAACCUCUCAACUCACCAGACUUACCCUGUGGUGGCAGAUCCUCACUCACCCUUCGCCAUAAAGCAGGAAAGCCCCGAGGUGUCCAGUUCUAGCUCCACCCCUUCCUCUUUAUCUAGCUCCGCCUUUUUGGACCUGCAGCAAGCCGGCUCUGGGGUCGCAGCCGGCACCUCGGUCCCGCCCUUCAAUGCCUUUCCCCACGCUGCCUCCAUGUACGGGCAGCUCGCGGGCCAGGCCCUCCUCUCAGGCAGGGAGAUGGUGGGACCCACGCUGCCUGGAUACCCACCCCACAUCCCCACCAGCGGACAGGGCAGCUAUGCCUCUUCUGCCAUUGCAGGCAUGGUGGCAGGAAGCGACUAUUCUGGCAACGCCUACGGCCACACCCCCUACUCCACCUACGGGGAGGCCUGGCGCUUCCCCAACUCCAGCCUGCUGAGUUCCCCCUACUAUUACAGUCCCACGCCAAGGCCAAGCGCACCACCCACCACCGCCACAGCCUUUGACCACCUGUAGUGGCCACGGGGCAGCUGGAGGACCCAGCCGGGGACGGGCCCCAGAGAGUCACAGAAAGGAAUCUUUAUUUAUUACACAGAGACCAUGCAGGUCCAGCCUCACGGUCACUCCCUGUGUGGUUGGCUUCAAGACCCAUGAAACGCAAGACAACUCUGCAGAGGCCCCGUCCUCCAAGAUUCCUUUGUGGGAAAAAGAGUCUCACCCGAGAGAUGCAGACAAGGGACAUGCAGACAAGGGGAGACCAAGCGCUUGAGAGGGAUGGCAACCUGGCCCAGGGUGCCUCCCUGGCUCCACCAACAAUGUGCCAUAGCAGUCCCAGGCUGUCAGCACUCUGUACAACCCACGCGCCACGGCCACUGAGGGUCCCUUCCUCGGCUGAAGCCCCUCCUGCAUCCCCGUCUUGGCCAUGGGCUGAGCUCUGGGUCCCAUCAAUCUCAAGCUCCAGUCUCCGUCAAGGGGCCUUCCAGCUGUUGCCAUGCACCAGCAUGCCCUGCCUGUCAUCCCACGGCUCGUCUCAGAAACCAGACCCUCACAGCUGCAGACAGACUCUUCAAAGGGCCCAGCACAGAGCAGGCCGAGUUGCUGGGGAUCUGUGUCCCUCCGAUAGCCUUGCCACAGUCCCAGACCCCAACCCCUAAACCCAAGGAUACCUGCAGCCACCCACCAGCCAUGCCAGCUCCCUCUCAGCCCACAGCUCCUGCCCUAGGCCUGACUAUAAAUACUGCAGACGCAGCUCUGCUGGGCCCAGCUCCCCUCUGUCCACAUCUACUUGAGCAUCUCACCAAAUUGUCCGCGUUGGGCUUCUCUCCUUAAUGCUUCUUUCUUUAUUAAGGACCACUCACCAUUGCCACUCGAUUCAAUAAACCAUUACUCUGUCUCA